GUCAGAGGCGGUCUACGGACCCUGCUUCACCGAGCACAGCGGAGCCUGGUCCCCGGCUGUCCCGGGAGCGGGCCAUGCCCCCGCGGGAGCUAAGCGAGGCCGAGUCGUCCCCGCUCCGGGCCCCGACCCCUCCGUCCCGGCGGGGCAGCGCGUCCCCAGAGCUGGGCAUCAAGUGCGUGCUGGUGGGCGACGGCGCAGUGGGCAAGAGCAGCCUCAUCGUCAGCUACACCUGCAAUGGGUACCCCGCGCGCUACCGGCCCACAGCGCUGGACACCUUCUCCGUGCAAGUCCUGGUUGACGGAGCCCCGGUGCGCAUUGAGCUCUGGGACACAGCGGGACAGGAAGACUUUGAUUGCCUUCGCUCCCUCUGCUACCCGGAUACGGAUGUCUUCCUGGUCUGCUUCAGCGUGGUGCAGCCCAGCUCCUUCCAAAACAUCACAGAGAAAUGGCUGCCAGAGAUCCGCACUCACAACCCCCAGGCGCCCGUGCUGCUGGUGGGCACGCAGGCCGACCUGAGGGACGAUGUCAAUGUACUGAUUCAGCUGGACCAGGGAGGCCGGAAGGGCCCUGUGCCUCAACCCCAGGCUCAGGGUCUGGCUGAGAAGAUCCGGGCCUGCUGCUACCUGGAGUGCUCUGCCUUGACGCAGAAGAACUUGAAGGAGGUGUUUGACUUGGCCAUUCUCAGUGCCAUUGAGCACAAAGCCCGGCUGGAGAAGAAACUGAACGCCAAAGGUGUGCGCACCCUCUCCCGCUGCCGCUGGAAGAAGUUCUUCUGCUUUGUUUGAAGAGCUGUGGCAGCAAAAUGAUCAGUAGGCCAAUGGCCACAGACCUCUAGAACCUGGGGCACUGGGCCUUUGAGGUACCUGCUGGCAGGGCCAGGUCACCCCCAUGGGACUCAGUUCCCAUCUGAACACUGUGGCAACACAGCCUCCAACUGCCCACUCUUAUGUGCCAGGGUGAGCCUAGGGCCUGGAGGAGGGAAGGCUCUGACUUGGAUUUCUGUGGAUUUCUCUGACUUGGAUUUCUCAAGUACAGAAAAAUCCCAGUACUUUGAUUUUCAUGGGAUGAUCCUAACAGUGUCAACUCCCUCCAAGUAGUUUGGGAUCCAAUACCCAGUUUCUUCUCAUGGGCCCUCAGGUCAAUCUGGCUGAAUUAGGACCACUCCUGGUGGUCCCCACCCUCUCCUUGGCACAGGGGUGAGGAAGAGCCUGGGGAACAGCUGGGCAUCUUGGAGGGCUGGAAGGCGUCCGGCCCUGAAUUGGAGAGAAGUUUAGGAUGGAUUGGGUAAGACGGAGGUCAGUGAGAGAUUGAGAGGGGUCCGAAAGUAAAGGCUUGGAGCCUUGGGACUGGAGGCAGGCUGGGGAGGAGGAGGCAGACGAGAGGGCUAGGCUUGGAAGGAGGAAGAGAAAGAAGGAGAGCAGAGAAGUGGGGCAGCUGAGGAGCAAGGCUGCCACCUGGGCUGCCCUCAACCCCUAAGGCCAGGGAGGGUAGGGCUGGUCCCUGGGAAGUGCUGGGUUUCAGUGCUCCCUAGGCACUGCCCAAACUGGCUAGGCUGGGAGCAGGGCAGGAAGUGAGAGACAAGGCCCAGCAAGAGGAGGGGGAGGAGCUGCAAAUUGGAGCCUGAAGGAAGAAGGGGCUUUCUCCAAGGUCACAUCCUAGAAGAUAAGGCAGUGCAGAGUCUGCAAAUAAAGCCUUAAGUUUCUGAA